AUGGUGCAGAAAGGUCCUCGUCCUUUGGUGCUGUGCGGACCCUCGGGGUCUGGCAAGAGUACUUUAUUGAAGCGUCUUCUGAAAGAAUUCCCGGAUAAAUUUGGCUUCAGUGUGUCGCAUACUACAAGGAAUCCACGUCCAGGCGAAAAAGAUGGUGUGCACUACCACUUCACUACCAAAGACGAAAUGUCCGCGGCUAUAACUCGAGGAGAAUUCAUAGAAAAUGCAACUUUCAGUGGGAACAUGUAUGGAACAAGUAAACAAGCGGUCAAUGAUGUGCAAUGUAGUGGAAGAAUCUGUGUGCUUGAUAUUGAAAUAGAAGGUGUCAAACAAGUGAAGAAAACUGAUCUCAACCCACUACUGGUCUUUGUGAUGCCACCUUCCAUUGAGGAGUUAGAGAGGCGACUCCGUGCACGUAACACUGAGGAGGAAGAAGCUUUGAAGAAGAGAUUGGAUACUGCUCGCAAAGAAAUCUUAUAUGGUCAGGAGCCAGGAAAUUUCCACAUCAUAAUUCUGAAUGAUAAUCUGGACAAGGCAUAUUCAGAACUGCGUGAUUUCAUAUCACAAAACAUGGAAGAAAAGGAGCGAGAUGCGGAAGCAGAAUCUGAGGCAGACAAGUGA